AUGGCCACUUCCCAGCAGUCUCAUCUUGAGGCGCUCGCGUCUACAUCUGCACCCAAAGUAGAUGAAGUUGCCCUAUGUCAGCAUCUGGAGUUGAGAGCGGUACCGAAAUUCCAUACCGACACACCAGAGACUGAUCCCGCGGGAAUCUACGGAAGCCUAAUCCCGGCUGAGAAAAGAUUGGUACGGAAGUUGGACUGGAUCAUCUUGCCAGUCCUUUGGAUUAUGGUUGGUACACUUUACCUCGAUCGAAACGCCAUUACCGUAGCUCGUUUAGAUGGCAUCGAAGAGGAGCUUAGUUUGACCUCGACUGAAUACCAGACCUGUGUAUCCAUACUCUUUGUUGAAUAUAUCCUAGGACAAAUUCCGAGUAACAUGUUGAUAACCCGAGUCAGGCCCUCACGGUUCAUGGCUUCGACUAUGGCCCUUUGGUCAAUAGUCAGCACCGCGACAGGUGUGACGAAAGACUUUAAGGGCCUACUUUUGACUCGAUUCUUCCUUGGCAUCACGGAAGCGCCGUUCUACCCCGGCGCUCUGUAUCUGCUAGGAAUCUUCUACGCCAGAAAGGAGAUUGCAACACGAAUCUCCAUACUCUUCACGGCUAAUAUAUGUGGCACUGCUUUUGCUGGUCUCAUAGCCAUAGGAGUCUUCCAAAUGGACCAGGUGGCUGGCCUAAGCGGAUGGCGAUGGUUAUUCAUACUUCAAGGUAUCAUCAGCUUUAUCGUUUCGGUUUCAUCGGCCUUUCUGUUGCCUGACCAGCCUCUCGACACUCGCUGGCUCAGUGAAGAGGAGAGAAAGCUGGCGCAGUCCCGAGUUGCAGCUGAUACAGUCCAACUUCAAGCGAAUACCAGCACUUGGGUCGGUCUUUCUGAAGCCAUUCGGGAUCCACGUCUUUGGGUUCUGGUGACUAUGCAGCAUUUGCAUCUCAUCGAAACGCUGGGUUUCGGCCGAAACGUUACGCUGGCCUUAACAUGCCCUCCCUACAUCAUCUCCGGUAUUGCAACCAUAGCAUGGGCUGCGAGCUCAGUACUGCCUUCAUCGAACAGUGAUCGUAUACUAGAUUGUUGA